AUGAGUGAGAAGACCGACAAAACGGUUAAGCCGAAGUCUUCAAGAACAAAGUCUUCAAAAGGGACCAGUUCUUCCGCUCCGGCUGAAGAAUGUUCCAAGCGAGAAAAACCGAAGAGGAAGGCGGUUCAAGCCGAAGCCUCACAACAGAAGAAUGGAAGAAAGAAGUCUUCUGCAAAGAAGAGCUCUAGCAAACUGGCUGACUCCGAGAAAACCCUUUCCUCGGACAAAUCACCGAAGAGAACCGAAGACGUCUUCCAGCCCAUUCCCAUCAACACCGUUCGCCCCAUCUCUAUUGACUCUCAAUCACCAAGGCAAACCGAACCCUCGGGAGCCACGAAACCGAGUCCGCAUCAAAGGAGGAAGCAGAGGGAAACCGAAGAUGAUGUGUCAAGUCGUCUUAAGUUAGCUGAUCAGGGUGAGAUACCCGAUCAAAGAAACAAGUCUGCCCCAAAAGAUACAACGACCCAAUUGGCCCAAGAUGGGCCAGCUGCUUCAACAAUUCUACCUGAAGGGCCAGUUCAGGAUAACAAGGGAAAAGGUGUUCUGUAA